UGAAUACGAGCUUGAUAUUUUCCGUUGACAAGGAUCGACGGAAAAGAAAAGGUGGUAAAUGCCAUCAUUGCUGCUUCAUCCUAAAGUUUCUUUACAGUCAAAAAGAUCCCAGAAUUCUUAAAAUAAAGGCUUCAAACAAAUAUAUUACAAGCUUUUGCUGUUGCUACUUGAUUGAUCUGAUCAAAUUUACAGACUUUUUCAAUACCUUUCAUGGCGAAUAAGCCUGAAUCAUUCCAAUUCCAGCACAAUCCCCUAGAAUUCCGAGCUCCACCGCCAUCGCCGGUAGCCUCUGGCCGCCGAUCUUCAGUCGCCAACGAUGAGAUUCUCACAGAAUUUCUUCACCACUCGCUCCGUGUACCUGAUCUUGUCCUACCGGAUCGCGUCUCCCCUCGUCAAAAGCUAAAGAUCCAGGAACUUCCUAAACUAGACUACAAAACACUGGACUCGUUGGAAGAUCAUAGCAUCACCAACAUUUUUGAUGUGAUUGGACAAACCGGUUGCUUUGAGCUUGUUAACCAUGGAAUCUCCAAUCAACUCGUUCGUUCUGUAGCCAAAUAUGGCGAAGGAAUAUUCGAAUUAUCACCGGAGAAAAAGGCUGUGAUGUCAAGAUCUGCUGACAGGAUGUAUGGCUUCGAGGAGUUUCAUGGAGAAGAGAGGGAAGCAAGUGAAGAAUUCGUAUGGUGUAGAGACGAUGCGUUGAAGUCGGAAAUGGAGGCAAUUUUGCCUCUUCAAUAUUCAAAUUUCAGCGGAAACCUCGAGAUCCUUACUUCCGAAAUCGAAAAGAUCUCUGGAAUUAUCUUAAAAGUUCUGCUCAAGAACACUCCACUAAAAUCAGAAUCCGACGAUGAUGAUGCAAGCGAGAAACAAAUUGCUGGAGUUAUUUGCUACUUCCAUAAGCACCAUGAGGAUCUCAACAGAAUCACAAACGAUGAUCACUACACGAACAAUUUGACAUAUGACAUGAUCCGAAUGCUGAUUAGAGGAUCCGAACACUCUCACACGCUAUGCGUUCACGCAUGCCAUGGAUCCUCCGAGUUCAAUGUUUAUUCGAAGAAAGGUUGGGUAUCGUUUCGCCCAGAGAAAGAUGCAUUGGUCAUCACCAUUGGUGAUCAGUUGCAGACUUUCAUCUUCGGCAAUCGCCUUCACCUCUGGCUGUUGCCUCUCUACUUCUCCCACAAUGGCUUAACCUCCACCGUUAUCAUUCUCCUCCUAUCAUCACCAGAGGCGGAUCCAGACAGAAGUUUUCUGGCCGUUAUUAGCGCUUUGCAGCAAUUGGGAGUGAUUUCCGACGACUUGGCGGUUGUAUCCGGCUUGUUUUCUUAG